AUGGCAUCUCAAAAAACCUCUAAUGGGUUUGAAGGGUUACUGCCUUGCUGCUUCUUGUGGGUGAAGGCCAUGUCGGGGAAGCUCCCGGCCAUGGCGGUCGAGCUAGCAACCGCAACGAAAAGGCUGGCGAGGGACGACCCGAGGAGGGUAGUUCACUCUCUGAAAGUGGGAUUAGCCAUCACUUUGGUAUCUUUGUUUUACUAUUUCAGGCCUUUGUAUGACGGGUUUGGAGCCUCUACGAUGUGGGCCCUCAUCUCGGUUAUCGUCGUCUUUGAGUUUUCUGUGGGAGGGACGUUGGGGCGUGGUUUGAAUAGAGUUAUGGCGACACUCGCAGCUGGGGCUCUAGGGUUUGGAGCUCAUUACUUGGCGAACUUGGUCGGAGAGAAGGGCCGACCAAUAGUGCUUGGUUUCUUUGUGUUCAUACCAGCUGCAAUAUCAACAUUCAUAAGAUUCUUCCCAAAGAUGAAGGCAAGAUAUGAUUAUGGGAUGCUCAUAUUCAUUUUGACAUUCUGCAUGGUCUCAGUUUCGGGAUACAGAGAUGAUGAGAUUGUAAAACUUGCACGUGAUAGAGUUUUGACAAUUCUCAUUGGCUGCUCUUUCACUCUCUUUGUAUGUAUUUUUGUGCGUCCUGUUUGGGCUGGCUCCGAUCUCCACCAUUUGGUUGCCACCAACAUUGAUUCCCUUGCCACCUUCUUACAAGGCUUUGGUGAUCAAUAUUUUGGAUUGCUAGGACAAGGACAGGCCAGCCAUGGUGACAUCCAAAUGUAUAGAUUGAUUCUGAACUCGAAAUCGAAUGAAGAAUCAUUGACUAACCUAGCAAGAUGGGAGCCACGCCAUUGGAAGUUCAGAUAUCGCCAUCCUUGGAGGCAAUACUUGGAAAUUGGAAAUUUAAAUCGGGACUGCGCCUAUCGGCUUGAAGUUCUUAAUGGUUACCUUAAAACCAACCUAAUUCAAAUACCAUUAUCACAAAUCCAAGAUCAAUUUCAAGACGAAUGCUUGAAGAUAUGCAGCGAAUCAGGUAGAAGUUUACGAGAAUUGUCAUUGGCAAUGAAGAAAAUGGAUCCACCUCUCACUGUCAAACCCCACAUGGAGAGAGCAAAAGUUGCAGCUGAUAAUCUCAAGUCCCAUUUGGAAGAAUGGAGAUUUGAAGACUCAAACGCUAUAGAAGUUGUUCGUGUCGCUUCUUUGGUCUCACUUCUCAUAGACUCGAUAUGGUGCGUCGAGAAGAUUGGAGACUCAGUUCAAAAAUUGGCUUCAGCCGGAGGUUUCAAGGCUGUGGAAGGGCAAUCAUGUGUAGUAGUGGCACCAGAAGAUCAGCUACAAGAUUUGGCCAAGGAUCAUGGAGCCAUCCUUUUGGCUCAUCAUGUCAUUACUAUUGAUGAACAAGAAUGUACUCCUUGUUAAUUAUGG